AUGUCACAACAAAAGGACCACCUCUCUGACCUCGACCGGCACGUGCACCUUCUUGAGAGCAAGGUAAAUCAGUUGCGCGCGUCUCUGACUCACUGGCAGCAAUGGUAUCUCGAGUAUUCAGCUUUGAAAGAAGAGGUCGAGCAAUUGCCCAAAGACACGCCUCCACAUGAGGGUCUCCGCCGCAUUCGACGUGACUUUGACGGCAAACUGCUCACCAAGAAGGAAGUCAAUGAGAUCCUAGGGAAAAAUGAUCUCAGAGAUCCCGAACACGUCCUCGGCGUCCUCUCGCGGCGCAUGGACUACGUUGAGCAAAACAUAAACUCGUUGACAAAACUUGUCGAGACUCAGGAAAAUAAGCUCGCUGCUGCCAACGUUGUCGCGCAGCCGGACGCCGGCACCGACGAGGAGACUGGUUUGCCCCUCACGGACAUCGUCGAAGAGCUGGACGAGAAUGACAAUGUUGUCAACUUCCGGCUUCAAAGCAGCGGAGACGUGCAGCCGAAGGUCGUCGAAGCUCUCAAGAAGGCAGGGAUCAACGACAUUCCCGAGACUGAGGCAGAUCUGCCCCAAAGUCAGGAGACUCUUGCAAUCAACGCAGACGAAGACCGUGUUGGGAAUGACCAAGGCGUGGGUUCCGCCAAGGAAAGCCCCCCAUACGUUGAACGCCCCAACGUCAAAAAGACGGUCUCCUUUGCCGAAGACACAAAGCCUGGCCAUGACGCCUCCGAAACGCACAAUUCGGGAGCGGCUCAGACCCUCGAGCGGUUGAUGCAAAAGGCCAAGGAGCAGGAAUCGAUGGACAUGUCCUCGGCAGUCAUUCCGGAUAACGAGUCACCAGAAGAAAGGCAGUUACGCCGUGAUAUGCUCGAGUAUAGCAUGUCAGAGAUCGGCCCCGUUGUGGCCGAACUGCAACUGGAAGACAAUUAUUCGGACGAUGACGACUCCGCUUGGGACGACUCAGACGCGGUCGGAGACGAGAAUGAAGAAGACGAUGACGAUUCCGAGGAUGAACUUGGUCGGUCCAAACGCAGUGUCAUCACUCCGGACUACAUCAAGCGCAUGCAGGAGCUUGAGAAGCGUAUGGGGGUCCAGUCCGCCUUUACGGUCGGCCGUUCGGAGACACAGCCAAAGAAGGCUGACCAAGGCAUCGGGCGAAUAGCAAUAGUGGGAAAUUCCAGCUCGCCUGAUGCCCCUCCGACGGCUGCGCCGCGGCAGAAAAAGAGCGUUAGCUUCGCAUCGAAGCUAGAUAUCGCCCCCGAUCUUGUCUCCCAGCCUACCCCAAGUGAGGCGCUGAAAAAGACACAACAGGAGGAGUUUUUCGGGGAUGUUGUGGAGAAGAUCACAGAGGAGGAGUUGCCAGAGGUGCCUGAGGAACCGCCCAAGCGGGUGUCGAGGUUCAAAAAAGAGCGUGCUGGAAGUUCACCUUUGCCCGCGCCUGCAACACCGUACCUUCCUGGUCCGCCCCAGCUUCGCACUGGUCUAGUGCAGACCAUCCCCGCUCCUCCGCCCGAGCCUACACCACCAGAGGACCUAACCUUGGCACCGACUGUCGUGGAGCGACCUGCCGCCUCAGAAGCGGCAGAGCCCGACGAAAUGGACGAUGUGCUUGUCUAUGAAGCAGCAGCAGUUGAGUACAACCGCUUGCGAAACAAGAUGAUCCAGAAGCAAGGCGGCUUUCUGCAGGACGAGGCUCAGGCAGAUGAACUCGGACGCGUCCCUCUUGAUGAGGAAUUAGGCGGGCCGAAGCGGAUGAGCAAGUUCAAAGCGGCUCGGUUGGCCAAGCUGCAAUGA